UAAAGCAAGGAAGGAAAGAAGGAAAAUCGAGAAAGCUUUUGCCCAACGAUUUUUGGAAGAAGACCCUCCUUCUCUUCUUUCUCGACACUCUCACUCCUCCACAGAUACUCUCUCUCUCUCUUCUUUCAUCUUCAUCGAUAAUCGAAGCUCCGCUUUGCGUUCCCCUCACGUUCCUUCUUCAUCGAUUCUCAUCAUUACUCUCUCUCUCUCUAGCUAAAGAUCUGAAUCAAUCCAAGGCUUCUCGAUCCGACAAGGAAAAGCAAUGGCGGAUGACAAAGGCCUUGAAGGCGACAAGAGCGACGCCCCCGCCGCCGCCGCUACGCCUCCGGCGGUGCCGAAGAAGAAUCGCAAGGGAUUUUUUUCCAGAAUGUUUACCGGCAUGUUUCGGCACCGGGACGAUUUCGAGAAACGGCUGCAGUAUCUCUCUAAGGAGGAGAUUACUGUGGUCAAUAGAAUCAACAGGAGGGCUCUGACUCGGAGAAGCUUCACCAGAAACGUCAUUGCAUUCUCUAUUUUUUUCGAGGUCAUCGCAAUUGGUUAUGCUAUAGCAACUACGAGAACGACUGACUUGGACUGGAGGACGAGGACAUUUCGAAUUUUGCCAAUGUUUCUGUUGCCUGCUUUGUCUUCUUUUACUUAUUCAACAUUUAUGAACUUCACAAAGAUGCGUGAUCGCAAAGAUAAUAAGACCCUGGAAAGGCUCCGGGCUGAAAAGCAAGCAAAAAUUGAUGAACUUAAAGAGAAGACAAACUAUUACUCUACUCAACAGCUUAUUCAGAAAUAUGAUGCUGACCCAGCAGCAAAGGCAGCUGCUGCAACUGUCCUGGCAUCUAAGUUGGGUGCGGAUUCAGGCCUAAGAUUCCAUGUAGGAGAUGAAUCUAGAGCUGAUGCCCCAUCUGGGAGAAGCAAGGAUGUUGAACUUGUCCAGUCUGGUGAACUUCGAAACCGGAAAACAGGACUCACCAGAUCUAAUAGUACAGGGAGUACACAAUUGCUUUUUUCUGAGGAAGAGACUCCUCGUUCUGUUGGGUCUGAGGGUCCCCAGACCACUGAGCAUGGUCAGCUGGUUGUUGCUCAUCAGAAUCCUCAAGCAUAUGCUGCACAAGAUGGAAAUUGGAUUGCUCGUAUUGCAGCAUUACUUGUGGGUGAGGAUCCAACACAAUCUUAUGCCCUCAUAUGUGGCAACUGUCAUAUGCACAAUGGGCUUGCUAAGAAGGAGGAUUUCGCAUACAUUACAUAUUAUUGCCCACACUGUCAUGCUUUAAAUAGACCAAAGCAUUUGGAAGGGGGUGUUACUGGUUCAGGCUCUCCUGAUUCGGGAUCUCUGACAGCAGGGGACAGGAGUGAUGUAGCAAACCAGGCCAGUGAUUCUUUGAAUGACAGUGUCGUCACAGGUACCAGCUCAGUUGUAGCUGGUCCUGAGAUUGAGCAAAUAACUGAGAGGCUUGUGUCGGGUGAUACAGAUACAGUUAGUUUAGAAGAAAAACACGAGUAGGGUAAAGAUGUUCUCUUUUUGGAUUUAGGCCUUCUUUCCCCUUUGCUGAUAGGUAUGGGGGCUUUGUUUUCUGCUGGACGGAUUUAUGGGCUUGCCUUAUAUGCUUGGUGUGUACAAGAAAACGUUGAGAUCUUAACCAAGAGACCUUUGGAGCUUUAUGAUCAUGGAUUACACUGGUUGUAACUUUGUACAUCUUUUGAAUUUUCAUUUUCUGAAUUUCUCGGUUCAGUUGUUUGAGCUGGUAACGGCGGGUAAAUGGUAUACUAUCUAACUUUCCGAAUUUGGAAACUAGAACUGAUUGCUGUAAUGCAAUAUUACGGAAGGAGUGUCGCUUGAGUUAUUCGGAGGCUCUUACCUUUCCAAAUUUGGAAACUAGAACUGAUUGCUGUAAUGCAAAUAUUAUGAAAGGAAUGUCGCUUGAGUUAUUCGGAAACUCUUA